GAAUACAUCCAGGAUUGAACAUUUUGCUGCUGGGGUGGUACAACUCGCCGGCUUAUGCUUCCGGGUCACACGCGCAUGGAGCUCUUCGAAGUUGGAACGUGAGCGGGCGUUGUUGUCACAGCGUCUGCCAUUUUGAUUAGAUAUACUUUGCGCAGUAUUUGGUGUGAACUGGUACUUCAAAUUAUUUAGCAGUUAUUUAAAUCAAGGCUACGUGGUAUCGGGGCAAACAUGCUUUCCGCCGCCCAAUUACUCGAUGAGUUAAUGGGCCGAGACAGAAACUUGGCCCCUGACGAGAAGCGAUCCAACGUACGAUGGGACGACGAGAGCGUGUGUAGAUACUAUCUAUGUGGCUUCUGUCCAGCCGAGCUAUUCACCAACACACGCUCUGACUUGGGUCCUUGUGAAAAAAUCCAUGAUGAAAAUCUUAGAAAACUGUAUGAGAAAAGCUCUCGGUUUAUGAAAGAGGGCUAUGAGCGAGACUUCCUGCGCUAUCUGCAGUCACUCCUGGCAGAAGUGGAGCGGAGGAUUCGUAGGGGGCACGCCCGGCUUGCACUUUCCCAAGCCCAACAGAAUGCAGGGGGACCUGGUCCAUCAGGAAAGAAUGAAGAGAAGGCCCAAGUUCUAACAGAGAAAAUUGAGGACCUGGUUGUCCAGAUUGAGGAGUUGGGAUCAGAGGGCCGCGUGGAGGAAGCCCAGGGAAUGAUGAAGCUGGUGGAGCAGCUGAAGGAGGAGAGGGAGCUUCUCAGCUCCACCCCCUCGACUAUUGAGAGCUUUGCUGCACAGGAGAAACAGAUGGAGGUGUGUGAGGUGUGCGGGGCCUUCCUCAUUGUGGGUGAUGCACAGUCCCGAGUGGAUGACCACUUGAUGGGCAAGCAGCACAUGGGCUACGCCAAGAUCAAAUCUACCGUAGAGGAGCUUAAGGAAAAACUGCGUAGACGCUCUGAGGACCCUCAAGGCGAGAAUCCAGCGCUCAAACGAGACAGAGAAGAGCGGGAGAAGGAGAGGGAGGAGCGGGACAAAAAGCGCAAAGAGGAGGAGGAGAAGGAGAAAGAGCGUGAGAAGGAGAAGGAACGAGAGAAGGAGAGGGAACGAGAGCGUGAAAGAGAGAGGGACAGAGAACGGGAGCGAGAGAAGGAGAGGGAGAGGGACAGGAGGGCACGCCGAAGCCACUCCAACAGCCGUCACUCCAGCCGGGCCUCGGACAGGAAGCGCAGCAGGUCACGUGACCGCCGGCGCUCCAGGAGCAGAGAUAAGGACCGGGACAGGGAGCGCAAACGCAGCAGGAGCCGGGACAGGGAGAGGAGGCGCAGCCGCGAGCGCUCGGACAGAAAACGCCGCUCUCGCAGUCGUGACAGAAAGAGGUCACGCAGCUCAGACCGAAAGGCCCACCGCCACCGCAGUCGAAGCCGUAGCAAGGACAGAGAUAGAGGAAAGGAAAAAGACAAGGAGCGGUCAUCAAAAGACAAAGACCGUAAGACGACAGAGGAGAAGAGCAGCUCUAAGAAAGACAAGCACGCUGACAGAGAUGCAGCUGCCGUCAAGGCUUCAUCGGAGGCAGAACCGAUGCAGACUGAGGCGGCUGCCUCCUCCCCUCUGCUUAACGGCCAGCAAGAGCUCCUCCAUUCUGAAGGUGACACUCAGUCCAAUUAAAACUGAUCUGAUAGGACCUCAGAUCAGACUCAGGUAAGUGCGUCCUCCUCUUCGCUGCCCCUGGCUCUUAAUCCCUUCCUCCUCCUACCCUCCCACUGCCCUUUACCCUCCUCUUCCUCCCUGUUUUUGUUCAGUUCAAUGCCUAUGAUUUUGUCUUAUGUACUGUAUGCAAAUAUCUUUAUCCUGUUUUUGAUUAGUGCAUCGUAAGUAUGCACUGAAGAUGAAGAACUAGGCCCGAUGAAUGAGAAGAAGGUAGAAAACAUUCACACAAAGCCAAGAGGGAAAGGCCAGUGUAGCCCUGAGCAAACAUGCCCGGAGGUACCCCUCAUUUUGUAUCGGUUUUUGAUCCUUUUAGUUGUAUCUUUCACUUUUGUGGACAAGGUGGCAGGAAAAAAACAAAAAAAAAACACGGUAACUACUCAAGUCAAAUUUUUCCUGCUUUUAUUUAUAUAUUUUGAGUUCCUACAUUUCUUUUAUUACUUUGAAACAGGAAAAAUGUUUUAACUGUUUGACAUAUCACUUUCCAUUCAGGGAAGAACUUUAGCAACUGUGUGUCUACAUGUUUGUGUAAGUGUCUAUAAACACACAGACACACGUUUAGCAUUGGGUGUAUGUGACAAACAAGCCAUUUCUUUUGCCAUAAUCAUAACUCAAAUGCAAUGGAUUUGUUGUCCAGCUUACUGUGCCUGAUAAUGCCAUGCACUGUGUGUGUUGGGGGGUGUUAUAGCACCUAAUGUCACUAACUAACUGGAGGGUAGGGUUUAUCGAAUGAAUUGCAGCUGACUUCCAUACCUCACACAGCGUUGGUGUUGUGAGCGAGACCACAUGAGAAAAAGGGCAAAUUAAAAAUCAUGGAUACUCUCUGACUGUCAAACUGUGCAGGUACUCACCCCAGGUACUCCUUUCUCUACCCACAUCCAUUUCUGAAUGCUGUUGCCUGUCAGAAAAGCAAAUGUGCAGCGCUAGUAAAUGAAUUUGAAAGCUCGAUUGUGUGUACAUUUUUAUUGUGUUCUCUAUGCUUGUGUAUUUGGUAAAAUGCUGCGGGAGGGGAAUCAUUUCCUUGACUUAGAGACACAGACAGCCUUCUUGAUAUGCCUAUGCCAAUAGCUGAAAGCGUCACUGGCAUCUCUUUCUGUUGGUAAAGUCCCAUUACCUCUGGUGGGUUGUUAAUGGGCGGGAAGCAUUUUUAUCAUGAAACAAUAGUCAAGUUUUCACUUUGGCAAAGGUAAUAUCAAUUUGUUUUGACCCAAAAGUAGCAAUUUGGAUAAGUCCUAAUGAGAUCACGCAGAGGAGAAAAACAUAGUAAAAAAGGACUGAUGCCAGGGUCAAAUUAUAGUGAAGGCUUCAGUUGGCUGUAAAUGUGAGUUUAUUUUUUUACACUAUUUGGCAGUGUCUCUUCAGGAUCUGCAUUUUCCUCAGUGGUAAACAUGGACUAGUUGAUGGUAUACUUGCUCGUGUGGCAGCAGGAGUUGCUACAAGCCCGUGCUGUGGGACCUUUGCUAACAUUUGAAUCUUUGGCCGUCUUUGCUCAACAGGAGAAGCUGGGAUAUCUGGUGGAGGAAGAAGUGGAAGAGCGCACCCAUCCUCUCCCUGAACCUGACACCCCGCUGCUUAAAAACAAGGUGAACCACAAAUGUGUAGUGGCUUAUUUAAGAAAUGAACAUAAAGUGCACGUGUAAAUGAGGAGAGAGGAACAACACAGUGUUUUUUCUGUUUGCUUUUUUUCCCUUGUUUUGUUAACUGUCAAUCUUUUCGGUUGGACGAGGUUAGCUGUGGUUCAUCUGAUUUCCUUGUUAAGAUGGCAGCCAGACAUCAGUUUAAUACCAAACUUCUUCAUGGGUUUUUGUUUUCUUACUUUGACAAACCUUCCACAUCCUCAGUGUUUAUUGGCAUAGUAUCAAUGAAAUAAAAACAGUGCUUGUGGUUUGUAUUGGUCUGUCAGGUUCUACUUCUUCCUGGCCUCCUUUUUUAAAGUCAGGCAUAUGUACUAUGUAAGACGGGCAGCGUCUCUUUUCUCCCCCACUUAGAGCUCACAUUGAUUGCUCUUGUUCAGUAACUGUAAAAUAUUCUGAUUUAAAUUUGAUCUAAAGUUUUGAAGACCCAAGAUUUGUUUAAGUUUGCCUUGCUUUUAAUGUCCAUGUUGUCAUGUUGAAUAAAAAGUCAAAUUUCAUCAUGAUUUUGUUUUUGUUGUUGUUGUUGUGACUUUAGAAAAAUUUCGAGCCCCUGAGAGAGAAGAUGAAUCCUGGUGAGAAACGGUUUUAUGACAGCAAGGUUUGAUGUGGCCUUAUUCAGUGUACCUGAAGAUGCAACAAACUUAACAUAUCGUAAAACAAUGAAAGAUACUAAUUUUUUCUUAUCAAAAAGUAUAAUGUGAAGAAAUUCAGAUUAAAAACUAUUUGUAAGAUGAACAGUAAAGACUGAAAAAAGCUGCUAGAACCAGAAAAGCAUUUUGAAGAUAUGAAUUUUAAUAAACAAAAAAAAAUCCAAAUGAAAACAUUUUGAAAUUGCUGGUAAACAAGCAUAGUAAAACUGUAAUAAGUGAGACAUGAAGACAAUGUCAACAAAAGGAAAAUCUUUAUUUUCAGAAUUAUGGUAAAAUUAUUUCUCACAUUCAGAAAUAGAUGAUU